GUUUGAAAUAUUAUAUCUAGCUUUACUAAAAUGGCAGAUACAAAAUCUGGUCCACCUAAAUUCGGGGGAGGUGGAAAACAAAAUGAGGAUUCUGAGAACCCUUCAGAAGCCAAAAAAGGUGCCACAGGUCUUUCUCAGUCCUACGCUGGUUCAUCCAAGCCUAGGUACGGAGGCGGGUUUCCAAGAUCUGGUCUAUCCCAGAGCCAAUCCAAGCCAGACGAGUCUGGUGAAGAGGAGAAACACUCCUCCAAGAAGGAGAGCAAUGGGAUGAUCAUUGAGACCUUCGAAAAACCUUUGAUCCCUGACUUAGCCCUUAACCACAACUGGACAAUUUGGGAGCUUCUUGAUACCAAAGGCGGCGGAAGCUACAGUUCAGGUAUGGAAAAGGUAGCAUGGUUCGGGGACAUAAUCACUUUCUGGAAGGCCUGGAAUCAGAUUCCUCAUUCAGACCCCAAAAACUUCUUCUCCUUUACAAGAGAAGGAAAGUCGUAUGCCAAUUACUAUGAGGUAAAAGGAAGCGCAAUGAAGAUCAGUACUCUAGCGAUGUUCAAAAGUGGCAUUCACCCUGCGUGGGAGGAUGCAACCAAUAAGAACGGCGGAGAGUACGCAGCCAAAGUUGACACCAACGCAGAGGCAACUUGAAAGGUAUGGAGCAGCCUUGUAUUCGACCUUGUCACCAGCAACUUCCCUGCCACUGACAGAGUCUGCGGGAUCAGAAUCGUCGACAAGGGAAGAAUUUUAAAAGUUGAAUUAUGGGUGGAUUACGGACUCAGAAAAUACUGCGAUGCUGCUAAGGCACAAGAAGAAAGAAUGAUCGAGAUAUGUAGAGAGGCUGGAACUAGUGGAAUCAAGUUCGAUUUCCAAGCACAUGCCUAAGCAACCAUAGAUGACAUAAGAUGCUCAGCUUCC